AGCUCUCACACACAGGACCGGAGGAGGAGGAGGAGGAGGAGGAGGAGGAGGAGAAGCCGGGGACCAUCACACACACACACCGGCUGCUGACUGCACCACCAGCACCGGCUCAUCCAGAGCAGCCUCUGCCCGGGACAGGAGCCCGAUCGUCCGGCCUGUGAGCUGAGGGAGACGCCGCAGAGCCUCCGGACUGAAGACCUGCAUCUCAUUACCACAGUCAGAAAGGCUAAGAGGAAGAAGGAUGGUCACCAUGGAAACCCCGGAGGCUCCCGUGCCCCUGACAGCGCUGUCACGCUGGUACCUCUACGCCAUCCACGGCUACUUCUGUGAGGUCAUGUUCACCGCCGCCUGGGAGUUUGUGGUGAACUGCAACUGGAAAUUCCCCGGCGUGACCAGCGUGUGGGCGCUCUUCAUCUACGGCACCUGCAUCCUCAUCGUGGAGCGCAUGUACCUGACGCUGCGCGGCCGCUGCCCCGUGCUGCUGCGCUGCAUCAUCUACACCUUAUGGACGUACCUGUGGGAGUUUGGCACGGGGCUGCUGCUGCGCCAGUUCAACGCCUGCCCCUGGGACUACUCCGAGUUCCGCUACAACUUCAUGGGGUUGAUCACGGCCGAGUAUGCCGUGCCCUGGUUCUGCGCCUCCUUCAUCGUGGAGCGCUUGGUCAUCCGCAAAACGCUGCGACUGCGCUUCCACGAGGGGCCCAAGGAUGGCUGGUCGGACCAGGGGUCGGAUGCAGGAGGAACUCUGGGAGCUGGGAGGAGAGAGAGGAGCAGAGGGAUGGGAGAUAGUGCUAACGGUUACCUUAAAGUGGACUAAACAGAAGGAAGGACACUGUCUCUCCUGCCCUCCUCAGCCACAUUGACAAGCAGUCCUCCUCACUAACUCUAUGGGGACAACACAAACAGCUCUGUAGACUGGGCUGGUGUGCAGAGGUGUAUCAGACGAGCCAAAAAAACAAAGAAACCUGUAACUGGGGCUCAAAACGCCCAAAUCACUCACUACUGUCAACAGAGGCACAAUAACGCCAUGCUGCUGUGUUUGCUGCAUCUCAUAACGCACCCGUCUCCACGUGGGGUUGACCUUCAGGACAUCCGGGUCUUCAACUACCAGGACGACACUUUUUCGUUUUUUUUCCUGUCCCAUAGACUGCAAACAGCUGUGGAUUAAAAACUAGCAGAAGAUUUGUGUUAUCGUCGUGAGGCAGAAACAAAGGAACAAGACCAACAUAUACUCAUGUUUCAAGGGCACAUCAGUCAAUCUGAAAGCAGAAAGAAAAGUAGCUGCGGUAGUAACACAACCUUUUUAAAAAUGUACAUACUGUUCUUUAGUAUUAUUCAAAGUACUGUAGUAAUGUAGCCGCAAAAAGCUCUCAAAGAACAUGAAGUCCGCCCUGAAGCAAUGUGUCGGCUUAUGAAUGUUUUCUGCAGUUAGUGAACACCCACAAUGCCUGGAUAAAAAUGCAUGAACAAAAGUUGUCUUCCAAUAUAAUAUAUUACAUUUCUACUCAUUCAGCAGUCGCACUGCACGUCUCAGAGGUGAGUCUGCUGUGUGGGUGUGUAUGAUAGGAGGAGGUGGAGCUGCUCGACUAGUUACAUGGUCGACGCUCCUCCUGGUAACGUGUCGAAAUGUCCUUGAGAAAAAAACCAAACUCUGAUGAACAGGUCAAUCCACGGCAGCUUCUCUGCAUCUUAAGGCUCACCAAAUAAAACACAGUCCAUUCAUUACAACAGCAGGUUGUUGAUGAGUCAGGAUCAUCGGUAUUAAUCACCAAACCUCUGGCUGAUUAACUUUUUUCACAAAGCUUUUUAUUGACUCACUGUCUGCGUCUAAUUCAUCCACAGUGAUGUUGUCUCAGAUCUAACAGGGUCGUGUAAGCUUCAUUUCUCAAUUCAACCAUUCAUUCCUUUGAAAUCAGAUAAUUCACCUGUUAGACAUGUUCGUUUUGUUUAUCAUGCUGUGAGAGGAAACUCUCUCUUCACUGCUGAAUGUCCUGUUACACUUCGAAUACGACAGCAAUAGUUGCAGCUAAAUGACCGAGAUCUGCUGAAAAUACAAUUUCAGGACCAUACUUCACAUUCACAAGGCUCAGUUUGUCCAUGAGAGCAUUUUCUCAAAAUAUUUUUGGUUGUCCGGUCUUUUGUUUUUCAAGUUUAUGGAGCAAACUUACAGUAAAUGUGAUUAUUUAAUGAAGAACCCUUUACAUAUCGCCUGAUAUAACAAGUAACUUCAAUUUACUGCUUGUUUCUUUCCCUACGUGCAUGUGAAGCGACAAUAGAUUUGGUUUCCUCAGUGAGAAUUGACCUUUGUGGUAUUUGUCUGGACUUUGACUCUGUGUGUGAAAGGCUGCAGGGGUUAAGUUGCAUAUAAUCCUUAAGAGCAACUGUUUAACCAGGAGCAUUAUCUUAACAGCACUAAUGUCCUACUUGUCAGAUAUAUAUGGUGCUUCAAGCAGAUGACCACACAUAGAUAAACAGUUUAAUGUGUUGUGUGACCUUCAUCGGUGCGGCAGUGUUUCCCUCCUCUGCCUCCCUGGAAACCCACAGGAUGGACGUGUUAGCUAUCACAGAUGAAGUGCUGCCACCCAGUGGACAAUUCGUAGACUGCAACUGGAAGGACCUAUCAGUUUGGAAGGAAUGAGAAUGAACACAAACAUAUGAAGAUCAAGAAUCACUAUUAGGAUGAGGAUAUUUUUUUUUUGUCUUGGUGCCUGUCACGUUUCUAGUUUGUUUUCAUUCAUGACCAAACAGGCUUAAAAGCAAUAGAGGUUUUCUGACCCAACAAACAACACAACAGCAGCUCAAGGCGUUUUCAUCUUUAUCCUCUUCAGAAAUCUACUGAUAUGCAGCAAAUAUCUUUGUCCAAUUCUACUGCUUUGAUGAGACAAAUCACAACAACAUGCAAAAUGAAGUGUGUUUGUUCUCUGCAAUAUGUGAGUGGAGGAGUGUUAAGUGAGAGUGUGUGUGAUGUGUCGUACGGAGACACACGUCUGAAUGUGUAUGUGCAUGUUGAGUAAUAUGCUAAAACUGAACUGAAUCUCUGGUAUUUUUACUGUGAGGCUGCAUGUCCCGAAAGUUUUCAAUUUCUCCUCCAAACUCUGACUUUACCCAAGUAGUUAUUAUCCCCAUGUACUGUAAUGGUUCUAAUGAAUGACUUUUUAAAUAGGAAUGUACAGGUUCUUAGUGAAACCACUGUACUGCAUAUCACUCACUUUGAUUAUGUCCAUGUAUGAUUUAUCAGAAUUUGGGAUUAAAUGUAUUUAUUUGAUCAUAACAA